UUUCACCGUCUAAAAGAAGCAAAUCAAAAUGUUCAAACUUAUCGUCGCUACCAUCGCUACAAUCUUAGCUGUAGCCUCAGCAGCACCCAAGCCUGGCUUCAUCGGUGCCCCUGUAGCUUACAGUGCUCCAUUGGUGUCAACAUACGGCGCUGUUCCAGCUUACGGAGCUGUUUCAACUUAUGGAGCUGCUCCAGUUGUAUCCGCCUACGGAGCUGCUCCAGUUAUAUCUGCAUACGGAGCUGCCCCAGUUGUAUCCGGAUACGGUUCUCACUUGGCUUAUUCCGCUCACAGUCCUAUUUUGAUAGCCAAUGUUACUGCAAUGCCACUUUUUAAUACUUUGUACGCAGUUAGAGCACCAGAUGAAGUCUACGAAAAUUCCUUGGAUUUAAUCUACAUCAACGAACUAGAACACCAACAAAACAGACUAAUUAACAUUGAUAAAUAUAUAAACAGUUUACAAUAAUUAUGUUGAUCCUUGAUAUUAUUUUUGUUAUAAGUACACAAGUUAAUUAUCUCCAAGGCUUGUUUACGUAACUGAAAUGUCCCGUCCCUGAUGGCCAAAAAGGACAAUAAUAAACCUUAAAUUAGA